AUGCCACCCAAAAAGACUAAUCCGGACUCAAGGUCUGUGACCAUCCUCUUCAAGAAGAACAAAACCACGAUUCUCCUCUCCCUGCAGCCCCACGAACAGCUCCAAGCCGUGAAACGGAAGGUGCUACAAGCUCUAAAGGAGCGCGAUGUCCGUGAAAUCAACGGCGAUAUCGUCCCCGACGACCCAGCUGAGAUCGAGUUCGGCAUUCCGAUUGACCGCAGUGAUCUGGAGAAAGGAUGGACACGCCUGAAGACGAAUACAUCAAAUGAAGAGACUGGGAAGAACAGCGGCAGCGCUCUGGCAGAUACAGUCUUAGAUGCUGAUCUUGGAAAUGGAAAUUGGGUGGCAUUCCGCUUUGGCAAGGAUAUUAAACCAGAGGAAACUAAGGAGGACGAAACCGCGAUGAGCCUUGAUCUAGAUGACCCUGGCUGGGAUGUGGUUGUGCCAAGCUUUGACGAUGAAGAGGAGGGACUUGAGGAGGCAUAG